CAAAUCGUUUUGACUUGUUGAAUUCUUAAAUCGCGAGGAAACUUUUUAUUUUCUUUUAAUUAGCAUUAGCCAUUAUGUCGUCUUAUAUUUAAAAAUCACACUAUUUUUCUGCAUAAAUUACUUUUAACAACACGUAAACUAUCUUCUGUGAAACACAAAAUCUGUUGCAAAAUUACAAAUCCAUGAAUAAUCAUAAGUCAUAACGUUGUAACAAAUAUCUAAAAUAAUUCAGGAUAAAGAUGGGAAAUAAUAAGAAGACUGUUCGACAAUAACACGUCACACGCGAUAUGGACGAGGAAGCGAGACGAUACAGAAAGAGGAAAAAAGACGAGAAAAUGGGGAGAGAAAAUUCACGUGUUGGUAACGCACUUGCUAAGAGGUGUGGGACCCAAGAGUACUGUGUAGCAUUUGUGUGUGGUCUAAAAGCAACCAUUGUAGGAAUCUUUGUCCGUUAAAAAGAAAAACCCUUUUUUUUUUUAAUAAUCUACCAUAAACUAGCCCUAAUAUAUAAUAAUAUAUGGUCUUCGUAUAUCACCAAUUGAUAUAUAAAAAGAAAAGUACGAAAUUUAAUAUGUACUCUUUAAUUUGGUGUCUUGAAAGCCUACGAAAUUUUUAUACUACUA